AUGAGUGGCAUAUAUUCAGGGAUACAACAAAGAAUUUCAUCUAAUGUAUCAAAUGCACCAUUCAUUCACUGCUGUGCCCAUAAUUUAAAUUUAGUUAUUUGUGAUGCAGCAGCAUCAACAGAAAUCGCAAACAAUUUUUUCUUAAUUGUUCAAUCAAUUUACAAUUUUUUUAGCACUAGUGCUCCAAGGUGGGCUAAUUUAGCCCUUAAUUCCGCUAAAAAAAUUAGGCAAAAAGUAUUAAAAAAAGUUUGCCCUACACGUUGGGAAGCAAGAUAUGAAUCAGUAUCAGCACUUAAAGAAAGAUAUAUAGAUGUUCUUAAAUCAUUAACUGGCAUUAUUUUAACAAGUGACAAGCUAGGAGAAAGAAAUAUGGCUAAUUCAUUGAAAAAAAAAAUUGAGCAUUUUCAAUUUGUGUUAAUGCUUUGUUUGUGGGAAAGAGUAUUACGGCCAUUUCAUGGGGUUUCAAAACUUUUACAACAACGUAAUAUGGAUCUUCAUAAUGCACGUGAUAGAUUAGCUGAAUCAUUUUCAUCAAUACAAAAUCUUAGAAAUGACUACAUUAAUAUUGUAAAAUAUGCAAAAGACUUAUGUAUAAAAUGGGACAUACCAUUAAAUAGUUCACAAAAGACAACGACUUGCGAAAAAAUUUUUUGA